AUGACCGACAAGCCUCAAGACGUACCGGAACGACGGAGGAUUGCCCAGCAAGAGGUGGUACGCAAAUGCCAGGAAUUCAUGAAGGAAAUCGGCCCUCAACCGCUCUUUCUAUUCAUCCCCUUGGAAGACCCCAAGCAGACCUUCACCCUCGCACCCGCCCGCCGUGAAAGUGGUUACCAAUUAAAUCUCUCCCAUUUCACGACAUCCACACCACCCCUUUCUGUACUUUCUAAAUCCAUCAAACCCCGCUGA